GAUAAGAUAACACGUUUUUUUAAAACUUUAAACUUGUUCUUUUUCGGCUUUAGUUUCUAGAGCUGGUAUGAAAUGUUGUCCCAUAUCGGUAUAUUAUAAAUAAGUAUUAAUUAACUUUAAUAAUAUUUUGUAAAACAGAUAUUUUUGUACAAUAAACAUUAAAUAUCCAAAUGAAUCGUGCUUAAUAGUAUAGAGCAUAGAAGAUAGUUUAAUACCAAACACUAUGUACAGGAAUAGAUGUCUUAAAAAACCACUUAAAAUCGGAUAUUCCAAUUAUUCUGUCGAUUUUAAACAUGGCUAAAAUCAGAUAUUACCACUUAAAUAUGAUAUAAAAUUUGUUGAAAUGUCUAAAACAAAAUCUCAUAACAUCAUUGAUCGAAAACCCCUAUCUGCACACACUAAUACAUUUUCAGCCAUUCUUCCACCUCCCAAUAUCACUGGGUCUCUACAUUUGGGUCAUGCACUCACAGCAACAGUCCAAGAUGUGAUUGCUCGAUGGAGUCAAAUGAAUGGCUUAAAUGUUGUUUGGGUUCCGGGUACUGAUCAUGCAGGAAUCGCUACUCAAGUAGUUGUAGAAAAGAAACUUUUUGCAGAAAAAAAAAUUACCAGGCAAGAAAUAGGCCGACAAGCUUUCAACCAAGAAGUUAUGAAAUGGAAAGAUGAAAAAAUGUCUAUUAUUAAAAAACAAUUAGAGAAUCUUGGCGUUACAUUAGAUUGGCAUAGAGAAUUUUUCACAAUGGACAAAAAACAAAGCAAAGCUGUCUUUGAAGCCGUUAUACGUUUAUUUGAUGAUCAGCUUCUGUACCGAAAAAAGUCACUAGUAAAUUGGUGCUGUUCUCUACAAUCUACUGUUUCCGAUAUAGAAAUUUCUCAUCGUGAAAUUGUUGGCAGAACAUACAUUAAGGUACCUGGAAGUAGACAUCCUAUUGAAUUUGGAGUCCUGACUGAUAUUGCAUACAAAUUAAAUAACUCCGAUAAAGAAAUUGUAGUUUCGACCACUAGACCAGAGACAGUUUUAGGAGAUGUGGCAUUAGCUGUACAUCCUAAUGACAAAAGAUACCAAGGACUUGAUGGCGCCACAGUAUGGAAUCCUUUUAGAAAAUGUACUAUACCAAUAAUAUAUGAUAAAUCUGUUGAUAUGAAUUUUGGCACAGGUGCUGUUAAACUGACGCCGGCUCAUGAUCUUUUUGACUAUGAGUUGGCAAACAAACAUAACUUACCAAUCAUCAAUGUUAUCAAUGAAUCAGGUGAUAUAACUAGUGAAUAUAAAGAAUUUACUGGUUUACCAAGAUUCGAAGCUAGAAUGGCUGUGAUUGAACAAUUGAAACACAUGAACCUUUUUAGAGGUUCUUACGAACACAAAAUGUUGAUUCCACUUUGUAGUCGUACUGGUGAUGUAAUUGAAUACCUACCAAAACUUCAAUGGUUUAUUAACUGUAAAGAUAUGGCUCAAAAGGCGUCUGCUGCUCUUCAAAAUGGCGAUUUAAAAAUUGAGCCAGAGCAUUAUCAUAAUCAAUGGUUGCUGUGGCUUGAUAAUUCAAGAGAUUGGUGUGUGUCUAGACAGCUUUGGUGGGGUCAUAGAUUACCGCUUUUCGAAACUAAAUAUGGUUGGAUUGCAGCUCAUAACAAAGAAGAAGCCAUUAAAAAAUUAGAAAUCAAAAUGAAAUUGUCCCGUGAUGAAAUACAAAAUUUAAAAAUAACACAAGAAGAAGAUGUACUGGACACGUGGUUUUCUUCAGCCCUUUUACCGUUUUCUUCAUUUGGUUGGCCAGACGAGACUGAAGAUUUAAAGAAAUUCUAUCCUUUGAGUGUGAUGGAAACAGGUCACGAUAUUCUGACAUUUUGGGUUGCUCGAAUGGUAAUGUUGGGAACAUAUUUUACUGGAACACUUCCAUUCAAGAAUGUGAUUUUGCACGGAAUGAUACGUGAUGCACAUGGUAGAAAAAUGUCUAAAAGUGUUGGUAAUGUUGUGGAACCAGAUGACGUUAUCAAAGGAAUUUCACUUGAGGACCUUCGAGAAAAAAUUCAAGAUAGCGCGAAAUCUGGCUUAAUAUCUAUUGGUGAAUUAGAAAAAGCAUUAUUAGGACAGAAAAAAUUAUUUCCAGAUGGUAUUAAAGAAUGUGGUACUGAUGCUUUGCGAUUAACCUUAGUAUCGCAUAACAUAAAGAAUCAAGUAAUUCAUUUUGAUGUGAAUGAAUGUUAUCGGAAUCGUAUGUUCUGCAAUAAAAUUUGGCAAGCAUCAAGAUUCGUUUUGAUGUGGGCAGCUGAAAAAAAUGUAGUGGAAUAUGAUUCUCCAAAACCCAUUACGCCUGCAGAAAAAUGGAUUUUAAGUCGUCUAGCAAAUGUUGUUUCCAAAGCAAAUAUUUCUCUGGAGACUUACAAUAUUUAUAUAGCUUCAACUGAAUUUAAGAAAUUUUUCUAUAAUGAUUUCUGCGAUAUUUUUUUGGAGGUCUGUAAGCCUGUGUUUCAACAAGGCUCGGAAUUAGAAAUCCAAACAACGUGUCAGAUAUUACUUCAUAUUUUGGAUACCUCGUUUAGACUUAUGAGUCCAAUAAUGCCAUUUUUAACACAAACUCUUUAUCAGGUUUUACCUGGUAAAAGUGAACUACAUUUAGAACUGACUGAUUACCCAAAAUCUAGCGAAUACAUAAAAUGGAGUAACGAACAACUAGAAUUUGAUAUGAAAAUUGUAAAAGAUAUUAUUUCUGUGAUACGUAGAGUACGAUCAUUAAACCAAUUCAGUAAAGACCAAUCAGAAAUCAUUUUGGUUUCAAAACAUCAUGAAUUAUUACAGCAAUUUAAAAAUAUUAUUCAAAUUUUAUCUGGGGUAAACUCGUUGUAUUUAACUACCGAAUCGCCAAAUCUCACCUCUCAGUCGAUUAUGGAUUCAGCUGGAGAUCAUUCAGAAAUACAUCUUUUGAUUAAAGGUGGCAGUUUAGAAUAUAGAAAAUACUAUAAUUUAUUGACAUUGAGACAAAAGCGAAUUGAGAAACAAGUUGCAAAUAUUAAAAAGUCUCUUUCCUCUGAAUAUCACAUUGACUAUAAUACAAAUAAUAUUACAGAAACAAAAGAAGAUAAGCUGCAUUCAUUGACUAAAGAAAUUGAAAGGAUUAAGAUGUAUAUUAAAACAGCAAAAGAAAGAGAUCCUAGUAUCGGAGACAAAAAUGUGCAAUAACAUUAUAUUAUGAUACAUAUAAUCAAAUUUCAUUAACACGACUGAUUAUAGGAAUAUUUAUUAAUAUAAGUAGUUAUGAAAUUUAAUAUUUCAAGAUGUAUAAAGCAUUUGGCAUUGUAUUUUACAAUACAUACUUUCACAUACAUUUUUUUAUGUAGUUAUAUGGCUGUAAUAUUUUAAUGUUGCCGUU